AUGGCGAACCAAGCCACACAAAUAUUCGCACAACAGGCCGUACGCUCGCAUCAUGACAGUACUCUCCAGGGCUGCUCGUGCAUCAUCAUAACUUGUGUCCGAGUACCAAUAGUUCCGCCUCUGGUACUCGUUCAAGAAAAGAAAUUCUCGGCGACACAAAGGAUAGCUGUUGCCCUGGUCUUCGAGCCAGCGCUGGAGGCAGCACGACUCGAUAACAUGGUUGCAAGGCAAAGGGACGGGUUCAUCAAUGCCCAAGUCCUUGAGCUUUCAGAACGGUAUAAUGUCGAGAACCUGACGGCGAUGACCCAGAUUUUCAGAUUUGUAAGCUCAGAUUCGUGA